GGUCAUACAAACAGGUCAUCGAAAGGGAUCCCGCGAGAUCAACGCGGCGGCUGACGCCGAAAUGGCCAAUCUACAGAUGCCAUUGCUUGACCUGUGCUUGCAGUCUGGUCUAUACACAUGUUAUGGAUGUACCAACUAGUGAGUGGAAGCUUGUACUGCUCCUUGCAAAUUUCCUGUUGCAAGCCUCCUGUGCAAGCAAGCGUCUCAACUCGUCCGCUCUUCUUCCCGAUCUCGAUGGUCGCUGUAUGACGGCGAUAAGUCUCUCAAAGCUUGAAUGUCUCUGGAUGGCUGAUGUCCCGUCUGUUGUCCCUCUCCGCUCUCAGGAGCGCCAGACGCCCGGAACAGGUCGAUCGCCACGUGAACAGUCAAGGCAUUCUAGGUGGCGGACGGACUCCACAUCCCACCUACGGAGGUACCGAGAGAGGGAGCAUGUGGCACUCUUCCCAGACUGCCACGAGGCACGUCAAUGACAGAGAUCUGGAUAGAUCUAGCAGGUCUCAAGAAGCAUUCGGGGCAGCCGAAACCAUGUGAUCAAGCCUCGCACACGCAUGCAGUAAUGCAGCAUAGCUGGUCGAUCAGAUGAUCGAUCAUUCUCGCGCCUCCAUCAGCGCGCCCCCCAGCUGAUGGAGCCGACCAAUUGUCAAAUGCCGCUGAACGCCGCUCCAUA